AUUCUUUGUGAUGUUAUAUAAGAUUUGUUACGAUAAGAUCGAGUUUCUUCAUUGCCACAACAAGCCCUAUCAACGGGCUGUGAUUUAGCACGGCACUGGUCCGGAAGAAUUUAAACUUGUUUUUGUUAUUCAUUCUACAAUAAAUUCACGGAAUGUAAAUUGUGAACAAUUGAUCGAACUAGCUCUGAAUAGAAUAUAUUAAGUAAACUGAAUCAGCUAGUCGGACCGCAGUCACAAUAUAGGCUAAAAACGCACAACAAAGCCUUCUUGUUCAUUAUCUGAAUUAAUCGCAUUCGUAAAUGGAUAUCAAAAAAAAUAUUUUAAUUUCGCUGAUAAGUAAACCCGGAAUUAUUAAAUGGCGUUAAUCGGAUUGCAGAUCUUUUUUAAAUCUCUCAUCUUUGCAGUUUAACAAUUGAAUAACAUUAAAUGACAAUAUUGAAAUAUAAUCUCGCUCUUGAGAAUAGAGGUAUCUGAUUCUACACGUCAUUAAUGAAAUAGCAGUGACAGUAAAUGAACACAUUGGAGUAUCCAUGUCACAGAUUUGAUUCCCAACUCCCUGGGAUUGUGAAUGUGUGAGGAAGACAUGUUUAUGGUGUGAAUACUAUCAAUUGAGAGGAACAAGGCAUGAUAUUGCAGGCGACCGUUCAGUUAUAAGAGCAAUGCUGACUUUUGACUCUAAAACUGUGUUCCUCAUACCGUUUAUCAUUGACUUCCUUUCUGACUUUGUCGUGGCAAAAACCAAGAACUUGGUAGCUAAUGAAACCAUUCAGUUCAUAACCUCGCCUAAUUACCCACAAUUCUACGGAAGUUCUAAUUCGAUGACGUGGAUGAUCUCGGCCAGUGGCUCCAUCUAUAAUCCUUCCGUCUACAUCCGGGUCACGGACAGUGACCUUCAGCCGUCCUUGGCCUGCUACAAUGACGUCGUCUCUGUUUACGACGGUAUCAGCAGCCUGUACCCCGAGCUAGCCUCGUGGUGUGGGUCAGGCUACCCAACCUCCACCCUCAACUCCAAGUUUAGCACCCUCAUGAUCUCCUUCUCCUCUGAUGACUCAGACAAUAACUACAGAGGAUUCAAGAUAGCGUAUUGGGCCAAAACAAACGAUGAUGUGAAGUACGUGACCCGCCCCUUCACUGCGCUGAACUACACCCUGCUGGGGGUGGGCGGGGCCAUCAUCCUUACGAUCGUCCUCUCCCUGUGCGCGAUCAUCGGCAUCAGAAACCGGGACAAGAUCUCCAGUCUCUUCAUCAACGAAGAUGUCUAGAUAGGAUCGCCAGUCUAUUCACCGACGAGGAUAUCUCUAGUAGAGGCAGUCUAUUCUUAAACAAGAUCGCCAGUCUCUUCAUCAAUGAUAAUGAUGUCUGAACAAGAUAGCCAAUCUAUUCAUCAUUGAUGAAUUCUAGAGGCGAUCGUCAGUGUAUACAUUAAUGAUGAUGUCUAGACGACAAGCUUAUUGUAAAAAGAUCGUCAGUCUAUUCAUCAACGAGGAUGUCUAGACAGGAUCUCCAUUCUCUUCACUAAAGAGGAUGUCUAGACAGGAUCUCCAUUCUCUUCACUAAAGAGAAUGUCUAGACAGGAUCUCCAUUCUCUUCACUAAAGAGAAUGUCUAGACAGGAUCUCCAUUCUCUUAACUAUAGAGGAUGUCUAGACAGGAUCUCCAUUCUCUUCACUAUAGAGGAUGUCUAGACAAGAUGCCGGACUAUUCAUCAAUGAUGAAUUCUAGACACAAUGUCAAGUCUUAACAUAAAUGGUUUUGUCUAGACAGGAUCGCCAUAAACGAAGAGUGCUAGUCCAUUAUAUAUGAUAAUCGCUCUAUCUGCCGUAUUCUCUUUUGAGAAGUGGACAGGCAUAGCCUACGAUGUAGGCUAUGCCUGUCCACUUCUCAAAAUGUGGAUGUAGGCUAUGCCUGUCCACUUUUCAAAAGAGAAUAUGUCUGCCGGAGCAAUGCAAUACUGUAGCUACACAAAGUCACAAACUCAAUAGCAUAAACAGAAAUUAUAUACAUGUAUACUGUGCAAAUGGCCUGCAGUUGAUAUCAUUGAAAUACUAGUAUUGUGUGGUAACUGGAAUGUGUAAGAAAAUGUUUUUGGUUGUGAUAUUUAUUUAAGAUGGUUUUUUUUUAAUGGUAUUGGAUAGUUGUAUAUUUUCAUUUUUUAUACCUUAAUUUCAUUUUAUUUGUUUGUGUAAAAAAAACCCAGUUAUUCUUUUGGUACAUUCUCUUCAUUUCUCAGAGAGAGAGAGAGAGAGAGAGAGAGAGAGAGAGAGAGAGAGAGAGAGAGAGAGAGAGAGAGAGAGAGAGAGAGAUUUGUUUUGACCUAAAUAUACGUAUAUUUUUAAUCCAGAACUGUUACAUAAAUAUAAAUAAAUAGUAUAUACCGUACAUAAUACCGGUAUGCUGCUAUAAAAAAAUAUUUGCAUUAUCGAUAAAUAACAAUCAUGUACAUGCAUUAUCAAUAAUUUUAUCAAUACUAUUGAUCUAUUGGACCCAUCUUGCAAUAUAUAUACAAUACAUACCUUGUGAGAGGGCAUCAAAGUUUGACAAUCAAGGUACUGAGAGUAGUAACUAUGUGGACUGCUCAUUUCAUUAAGGAUAAGUGACGUAGAACAGCCACUUUAAGACUAACACUUGGUAAUCUUUUAUCAGAUCGAGUAUAAAAUCCGGCAGAAAUUGAAUGGCCUUUGUGCUAUUAAUAAUCACUAUCAACCCGACAAAAUAUCAGACACAUCGCAUCUGUGUUAUGUUUUACAAUAGACCUAAAGUUCAGGGUAUUACAGGCACUUCAUUAUUACAUCAUAAAAGCAUUCCAAUGUACCAAGGGUGUAACAUAAACUACUAGUUAUAAAUUUACUGUAUAGUAUAUGAACAACUUUAUUUAUCAUCCCCCCUCUCUGCUGCAGGAUUACAAUAUCUGGCAAAUUGUGACGUUUUUCGAGUUGCUACUAGUGUAGAGGUCAUAAAACCACACAAAACUUUUCCAGGA